GCACUCGACACGCGCUUUGAAGCCCACAGUUUCUUCGUUGGAGCCGUUCCCAAAAGAAAAUUCUUCCCGCGAAAACAAUUUCCACCGUUUCCCCUUCUUAACUAAUCUAUCCUCUCCCUUCCAAUUUUGAUUUCUUCUUCAUUUUGGCCGUGUAGAUAUUUAGCAGCCAUGGUUGUCCGCUUCUCGCCGUUCCUCAACGGCGAGAGAGCCGUGGUUACGAUUUUCAUCGGUUGUGUGCUCUUCUCUCUUCCAGUCUCUCUGCUCCUCCACGGCGUUGCGCUCUCUCUCCUAGCUCUCUUAGCCCUUUACAUUGAGAUACAAGCUGAUAUUUCCUCCUCUUCCCUUUCUCAAUUCGAAACACGGCCUGGUGCUUCCACGGGGAUUUUGCUUGGUGCGGUUACAUUACCUGCUGUUAUGCUGUCUAAGUUGAUACAGUUAUCAAGAGCAUUCUCAUUUCAUGAACUUGAGUCUGCAGAACUUAAUUAUCUGGAAAUGCAGUACUGGGCAACAUAUGGAAGCUGCUUUGGUGUGCUUAUCUUCCUCUGUUUUGUCAUGUGGCAUUCACUGGACAAUGCUCACUCCCCUCCACAUUGGUCCUGGGCUGCUAAGUUUGGUUUAAGUUGCAUUGUUUUAUGUGCCGCACUGUUCAUUUUUUCUAGUACUGGGAUGCAAACAAUGUUAAAACUACUGUGGGUGCUCUUUCAUGGAUUUGCAGCUGUGAAAUUAGUGCAGCAUCUACUUAAUACUUUUCCUUCAUGUGCUUCCAUUGGGGAAGCAAUUUUGGUGACUUUGGGUCUUGUUGUCUACUUUGGCAACAUGUUGGCCUGUACCAUUUCAAAGCUUCAUGGGUACUUGAUUUCAUCAGAGUCCGUUCCUGUACAAUAUGGAAUUCAAAGAAGUGAGAUUAGUACUAUCAUCCAGGGUGUACUUCUUGGUCUUCUUCUCUUCCCAAUUUUUUUCAAAUUUGUUCUACACAUUUGGGAUUGCUUCUUCAGUACAACAAUCUUAGCGGCAGGGAAUGAGAGAGGAAGAGCUUUUCUAUUUUUUGCUUCCCUUGGUUUUAUCAUGGUUGUGAUCAUUCCUUCAUGGAUGCAGUUUGUUCAGGAUUUUCAAAUGCAUCCAUUGUUAUGGGUGUUGAUGUUUGUCUUUUCGGAGCCAGUUAAAAGACUCUCAUUAUGUAUCUACUGGGUUUGCGUGAUUUAUGUGUCUGUUCUACGGUUUUACAAUAUUUCAAGGAGUAGUAAGAUUGAGAGGAUUCUUCUUCGGAAGUAUUACCAUCUGAUGGCGGUUUUGAUGUUUCUGCCUGCUGUCAUCUUCCAGCCAAAGUUUCUUGACCUUGCAUUUGGUGCAGCCUUGGCAGUUUUCUUGACCUUAGAAAUUAUUCGAAUAUGGAGAAUUUGGCCUUUGGGACAACUCAUACAUCACUUCAUGAAUGCAUUCACUGACCAUCGUGACUCUGAACUUCUUAUUGUCAGCCACUUUUCACUUUUAUUGGGAUGUGCACUUCCUAUUUGGAUGUCUUCCGGGUACAAUGAUCGACCUCUUGCUCCUUUUGCUGGGAUUUUGAGCCUUGGAAUUGGGGAUACAAUGGCUUCAAUGGUUGGGCACAAGUAUGGUGUCCUCAGGUGGAGCAAAACUGGAAAGAAAACCAUUGAAGGCACUGCAGCCGGUAUAACAUCUGUUUUGGCUGCUUGCUCAGUUCUGCUUCCAAUUCUCGCAUCUACUGGAUAUAUUUUUACCCAGCACUGGGUCUCUCUUCUCCUAGCGGUAAUUGUGAGUGGUUUAUUGGAAGCCUACACAGCACAGCUUGAUAAUGCUUUUAUACCACUUAUUUUCUACAGCCUUCUAUGUUUGUAACUGCAAUUCAACCUCAAAAUGAAGUGUAUUAGCAGCCAAUAAAGAAAUUCUCCAAUAAAUUCCCUGAUUUAUACCACAUGAUUCCCUUGAGAAACAAUUUUAGGUACCAACUGUUCUUAGAGAAUACAAACAGCUGGUUGUAUUGCAUAUUCUUCCAUAGGUUGAGAUGGCUUUUGGAUAGGCUUAGGACUGACCAUAUUUCAUACUGUAAUACUGGGUGUUUUGAUCAUCCAUGGAACGGGCUUGAGCCCCCACAUGUACAUUAAUGAAGCAUACAGAGUGAAGCUAGAGAUAUCAGUAUAGAAUUUUAGGAAUUUUUUUUUCUAGAAUUUUAGGAAUUUUUUUUUUAAAUUUAGUUAUGUUGUACCAAUGUAAUAAAGUCUAAGAACUCAAAUUUCCUUUUUGACAAAUUUUGCGAGUUGUCCGGCUUGUAAAUAUUUUUACAUUGGUUAAUAUGGGUACGUUGUUCAGUAA